AUGGCCCUGACCUCAGAUUUGAAGAAACAACCACUACUGAAAGAGGUAGCAGGGAUCCUCCUGCAGACUGCAACUGUAGACAACUGGAGCCAGAUUCAGAACUUUGAGGCCAAGCCUGAUGAUCUUCUCAUCUGUACCUAUCCUAAAGCAGGGACAAUGUGGAUUCAGGAAAUUGUGGACAUGAUUGAACAGGAUGCAGAUGUGGAGAAGUGCCAGCGAGCCAUCAUCCAACACUGCCACCCUUUCAUUGAGUGGGCUCGGCCUCCCCAGCCCUCUGGUGUGGAUAAAGCCAAUGAGAUGCCUGCUCCAUGGAUACUAAGAACUCACCUUCCUACUCAGUUAUUGCCACCAUCUUUCUGGGAAAACAACUGUAAGAUAGUUUAUGUAGCUCGAAAUGCCAAAGACUGUAUGGUUUCCUACUACUACUUCCUAAGGAUGAAUCAAGUGCUACCUGACCCUGGCACCUGGGAAGAGUAUUUUGAAGCCUUCAUUGAUGGAAAAGUGGAUUGGGGUUCCUGGUUUGACCAUGUGAAAGGAUGGUGGGAGAAGAAAGACAGAUAUCAGGUUCUCUUCCUCUUCUAUGAGGACAUAAAAAAGGACCCAAAACAUGAAAUUCAGAAGGUGGCACAGUUCAUGGGAAAGAACUUGGAUGAAACUGUGCUGGAUAAAAUUGUCCAGGAGACAUCAUUUGAGAAAAUGAAGGAAAAUCCCAUGACAAAUCGUUCUACAGUUCCCAAAUCUAUCCUGGACCAGUCCAUCUCCCCCUUCAUAAGAAAAGGAACUGUGGGGGAUUGGAAAAACCACUUCACAGUGGCCCAGAAUGAAAAUUUUGAUGAAAUCUAUAAGAAGAAGAUGGAAGGAAUUACCAUAAACUUCUGCCUGGAACUCUGA